UAAUUAUAUAGCACAGCACAUAAGAGUACUAGUGAGUAACCAGUGAGUAGUACGCCCGGAGCUCGCAUCGCAUCACCGGCUGAGAGAGAUCCUAAUUCCGAGAUGGCCACGACGCGGGGGCAGCUGCCCGUCGAGGACGUGCUGCGCGUGAACGGGAGCCGGCGAUUCGCCGCCGCGCUGGCCGCCGCCUCCCCCUUCGCCUCCCUCGCCGACGCCCUCCUCGCCGCCCGCCGCAUCUGGCUCAACGAGGUGGACGUCAACGGGUGGCUGGAGGCCUUCGCCGCGCACCCGGCCAUCGGCACCACCUCCUCCUCCGCCCCCAAGUGGUGCAAGGAGGAGCAAUCAGCAGCGCUUGCAACUGCCACUGAUUCGACCGCGCAGGAGUUGGCAGAUUGGAAUGCCAGGUAUAGGGAGAAGUUUGGGUUUGUGUUCAUGAUAUGCGCGUCUGGGAGGACUGCCCCUGAGGUCUUAGCGGAGCUUAAGAGGCGCUAUGAAAAUAGGCCAAUUGUUGAACUUGAGAUCGCAGCACAGGAAGAACUGAAGAUAACUGAACUGCGUCUUGCAAAGCUUUUUGCAUCAGAGCCUGUUGCCCCCCCUUCUUCAACGGUUGGAGGUCCUACUAGCCAAUCGGAUAAAGCAGCAGACCGCAUGCGGAUUAUUGGAGCACAUCUUGGAUCUCACACCCAGCAUUCUGCCAAUAAAGCUCCUGAAAUUACAGGUAGCUCCAACCGAACUCGCCCUCCGAUCACAACCCAUGUUUUGGAUGUCGCUCGUGGAUCGCCAGCAUCAGGAAUUGAAGUUCACCUAGAGAUGUGGAAGGAUGCAUCAACACCCCCAUCAUUCAACAACAAAGAUUUCAAUGGAUGGGCAACCCUGGGCUCAUCGGUUACGAACAACGAUGGCCGCAGCGGUCAACUGAUGGACAUUGUCAAUAACGUCGCUCCUGGUUUCUACCGCAUAAGUUUCAACACCAGCAAGUAUGCACCUUCAGGGUUCUUCCCUUAUGUGAGCAUCAUAUUUGAGAUAAAAAAGAACCAGACGACCGAGCAUUUCCAUGUCCCUCUGUUGCAUUCUCCUUUUUCAUUCACCACUUACCGUGGCAGUUAAGUUAGCCUGUCCCCAAGUCUGCGAGAUGCUGCAUAUUCCAUCUGAAAAGUUCGUGUGUAAUAUUCCUCUUGGUAGCAAAAUGUCGGGAAAACAAGUUUGCUUUGGUAGCAAGGGUUGCCUGUUUAUGUGCACUGACAUUAUGAUGCAAGAAUAAAUUUGAUAUACUAAAAUGUAUACAGAAGCUUGAUGUCUAUAGUACUAAAGUUUCAGUGCAUGGUUUGGUACGACACAUGCCACUUAGUAGAUGGAUUAUAUUACACUUAUCAA